AUGAUACUACGGUUCGCCGUGCUCUUUGCCCUGGGCGCUGGGCUGGUGGCGCCAUCCCACGUGGUGGAGAGGCGAGCUGCAUCGUCAGGAACCGGAGGUGACCUGAAGAUCGUCUGCUACUAUUCCAAUUGGGCGGUGUACCGACCGUCCCUUGCCAAAUUCACCCCGCAAAACAUCAACCCCUACCUGUGCACUCACAUCAUCUACGCCUUCGCCGGGUUCAACAAGCGCUACGAGCUCAAGCCUUACGACCCGUACAACGAUGUUGAGCAAGGCAAUUACAAGAAGUUUGUUGGUCUGAAGCAGUAUAACAAGGACCUGAAGACAAUGGUCGCCGUUGGCGGUUGGAAUGAGGGUUCCAAAAGGUUUUCCCACAUGGUGUCUGACCGGAGCCAGAGGCAGAAGUUUGUGCGGAGCGCCGUCAAGUUCUGUCGAGAGCACGGCUUCGACGGACUCGACCUCGACUGGGAGUACCCCAGCUUCAGGGACGGCGGCAAGCCAGAGGACAAGACGGGCUACGCUCAGCUCAUCAAGGAGCUGAGGGAAGCGUUCGAGUCCGAGCCGGUGCCGAGAGGCAAGCAGCGUCUACUGCUCUCGGUCGCCAUGCCCGCGGGCAAGGAGUACAUUGACAAUGGUUUCGACGUCAAGACCAUCGCCAAGGCCGCGGACUUUCUGAACCUGCUGACGUACGACUACCACACGGCGUACGAGUCCGCCACCCAGCACCACGCGCCCCUUGGUCCCCUGGACGGCCUGGAAGACUGGGACGAGGACAACCGGCUUAACGUCCGCUGGACCGUGGACUACUACCUCAAGCUCGGCGCGCCCAAGAACAAGCUCAUCGUCGGAGUGCCGACGUACGGACGGUCCUACACCCUCGAGGACCUGGACGACACGGAGCUCGAGGCUCCCGCAGAGGGGCCGGGAGAGCCCGGGAAUUCGACGCGGGAGAAAGGGUACCUGGCCUACUACGAGAUUUGCCAGAACGUCAACGAGCACGGCUGGGAACUGGAGCGACCCCACCCUAAGCGCAUGGGUCCUUAUGCCUUCAAGGACAGCCAGUGGGUUGGCUUCGACGAUGAGGAGAUGCUCCGCGAAAAGGCCAGCUACAUCCUCUCCAAGGGCCUCGGCGGGGUCAUGAUCUGGACGCUGGACAACGACGACUUCCGCGGCAACUGCGGAGGCGAGCAGAGCCCUCUCAUCACUGCUCUCCGCAAGGCGCUCCUCAGCAAGGCCAUCCAGACCAGCGGGAGUAACCACCAGACGCGUGCGCUUCUUCGGCCUUCUGAGGACGACGAGGAAUACGAAGACGACGAACCGUCUACGACGGCGGCCUCAACGAAGAGCACGACUCCGCCUCCACCCCCUACGCCCGACCCUGGACCAGCGUUCGAGUGCGAAGACGAAGGAUUCUUCAACAACCCCAAGGACUGCCGCAAGUACUUCUGGUGUCUGGACAGCGGCCCGGCCAACCUGGGCAUUGUGGCGCACGCGUUCACGUGUCCGUCUGGCCUUUACUUCAACUCCAGGUCGGAGUCGUGUGACUACAAGGACAACGUGGCGUGCAAGCAGCCGCCGCAAAACGAUCCGGUGACGACAACCACAAAGAAGCCGAGGCGCUCCAAGGCGAGGUCCAGGACAACGACGACGACGACCACAACGGAACCUCCAACCACAACCACUAGAAGAACUACGACAAGAAGAAGGACGACGACGACGACUCCGGAACCGGAACUAGAAGGCGUCACUAAGGACGAACAGAACGUUGCUGAGCUGUUAAAACUUCUGCAAAGCAUCGGGGGUGUCGAGAAACUGCAGAGCAUUCUGGGCUCAGGUGACGCCACGCCGCCGCCCACCAGAACCAGGGGCUCGCAAGUCGCCAGGCCACCCCAGUCUGGACAGUUUGAUCCUGCGGCCUACGAGGAUGUUCGUUUGCCUUCCACGGCAGUGAACCAGAGUCAGGGGCACGCCAUCAGGAGACCACAAGUUGAACCGCCACUGUUCCAGUACGUAGAGCCGGCGCGAGCGCCGCCCACUCCACAACCACUUCAGCAGGACACCAACGUCUUCGUGGCACCGCUAGGAGCUGUCAGCGUUCCGCCUCGUAGUUCUGAGCCUUCACCGUUCCAGUUCGUCUACCAGACACCCGAGCGAAGCCUACCGACGCAGACCACGCAAGCUCAGACCUUCCAGACCACACAGACAACGCAGCCUGUCCAGACCAGGCAGACGGGACCGCCCUCCACAUACCCUCAGACCAUUCCGCAAACAUACCCACAGACAUAUCCGCAAACGAAUCCCCAGACGUUCCCUCAGACCAUCCCCCAGACAUACCCACAGACGAACCCACAAACCUAUCCACAAACCAAUCCGCUGACUAAUCCGCAGACAUACCCACAAACCAACCCGCAGACGUAUCCUCAGACCAACCCACAAACGUACCCGCAGACAAACCCACAAACAUACCCGCAGACCAACCCGCAAACAUACCCGCAGACAUACCCGCAAACGUUCCCGCAAGUUACGUACCAGGUGACUCCAGCUCCAGCCACGGUUCCGCCCUUCGUGUACCAAACUCCUCAUCGGACGCAGGUACCGCUGACAGUAACCGGUUCGCCCACGCCUACACCACGGCCCGCCACAUUCCCACCGGCCCUAGCACCGCCGCCGCCCCGACGACAGCAGCCGGCGUUUGUGGAUGACUCAGUACUUCCGGUGCCUCAAAGAGACGAAAGAGGUCCGCUCAGAAUCAACAAGGUGGUGAGGGUGAACAGUCCAGCCAACGGUGAUCACCCUGUGCCGCCACCCGCCGGACGUAGGGGCAAGAGAAUCAGGGUGAGACCCGUGCCACAACCUCAGGGAGACGAACCCGCCGAUGUUCAACCGGGCCAGCGCAGGAUCGCCAUCAGAAGACGCCCGGUCCAGCAACAGUUCCAACCGCUGGCCGAGAUCCCGGCGGAAUUCACCCAACCGCCUCCACCACCCACCACCACGACGACCACGACGACCACGACGACGACUCCGAGACCUACGACGGCGAGGACAACUACGACGCUGCAGUACGACGAUGAGUACGAGUACGAGUACGAGGACGAGACGGAGCCUCCGCCGCCCAGGUUCAGGCCUCCGACGUCAACGACGCGACGCACGACUACCACUACGACGACAACCACGACAAGGCGGCCGAGCAGGAGGCCGCACAGAAGACCGGCGGCUGCCCACAGAAGACCGGUCGUGGUGGCCCCGGUGCCAACGUUGCCGCCGGACCCGUUCGCGCCGCCUCUUAUCGUGAUUGACGAGAAUACUGUGGACUGUCAGAAACGCGGAGUAUUCGUGCAUCCGGACAGCUGCAGCAAGUUUGUUGUCUGCGCGCCCAACUCGAAGGCCACCAACGGACUGCGAGGGUACGUGCAUCACUGUCCGACGGCACAGGUCUACAAGGAGUCCAUCGGACGUUGCAUGAAGGGCGACAGGGACUCCUGCGAGUAAGAAAGUGUCGAGUCACUUGCGCCCUACUUGUGGCUCGAGCCUGGCUGCUCUUCUGAGGGUCGCGACUCUAAGCGGACGAGAAUUGGGUGCGUGAAUGUGAGUGACUUUGUUUGGCGGCGUUCGUUGACCCGACUCUCGUCACCCGAGGGUCGCGACUCUGGACGAGCGAGACGUCGAGGGCUUGUACAGCUUGUCUAUGGUUACUUAGCCUUGAUCGACCACCCUUUACCAUAGCAAUUGUUGUCGGAAGCCAUUGUGAUGGAUUCGGCCUCUUUAGAAGUCACGUUUCCCCAAACCCCAAACACUGAGGUGUAAGGCUUUCUUCGUAUUUUCAGUCUGAGGGAUAGGGGCAGAACACGAAGGGCGACCGUAAAAGGUUACAAGAUAUGAAUACGACAAUUUUACAUUCAAGGAAACUCGCAAAAGACUUUUACCAUCAGCCUUAGAAAAUGUCUUCCUUUAGCUACUAGCCAAGAAAAUAAGCUGCAGCUUCCAGCUGGAAAUGAAGAUUUCCAGCCGCAUUUUCGGCUAAAUUAUACAGCAGCAGCUGGAAAUUCUGUUUACAGAUGGAAAUGGAUGCAGCACAUGCUAGAAAUCAGAAAUUCCUGCUGGAGCACCAAUUGUUCCAGCUUGGAAGUACAUGAUCUACCUGGAAGUUCCCCAGCUAGAGGAGGAAAAAUCUAAUUUCCAGCAAGAAAUUUGUCCAUUUCUGGGUGGAAACAGCCUGGAAUUCGGCUGGUAAAAUAGAUUUCCAGCUCCAGCCAUAGUUCAUUUCCGGUUCCAUAACAGAGCCUGGACUGAAAGCAUUUUUACCUGGGCAUGUAUAGUCGAGCUCAUUUACAGAUCAUGUUCAUCCCAGCUUCUAUUAUGUGUGGGAAUGACCUCGGAACAAUUUGUGCUCAUGGUACACUAACUUGAUAAGUGACGUCAUUCUGCCCUAUCAAAUUUUGUUUGCGCCGGCAAAUUGAAAAGAAAUAAAAUGACGACGCUUAGGAUUGUGACGUCUAGUGCAUAUCUGUGGAGGCUUGAAUGUUCGCAGCUAGCACCACCUGUAGUGGGUGGGUGGUCUGCACUGACCAAGAAGCUGUAACGAGUUGUCCUCCUUAUGAGCAGGUGAAGUGUAACUUCACAUCGCUCUUUGUUUUAGAUUUCUUAGUGUGUGCGCGUGACUCUUAAAAUAUUCUCGGUCAGUAUGCGUGACAAUGAUAAAGGUACCAUUUCGCGGUAAGCAGGUGGUAGCACAUGGCGUAUUUUUGAAGACUGGCAACCUAUUGCUAUAGUUUUCGCGACAUUUUUUUUUUUAUUUGGCUGCUGCUUCGUCAUAAACACGCCUGUUAAAGAAUAUACCUUCUAUCUACCUUCCCGUCCACUGUUAAUGUUUUGUUCGCAUUAAUAAAGGAAGGAGUGUUCA